AUGCCGCAGCAGUUAGCAAUUGGUCUUGCUGUCCACCAGUCUGGCAGGAGUAAAGAGUUGGUAAACAUGCUUCGUGGCUUUGGUAUAUUUGUCGAGUACAAUAGACUUCUGCGUGUGGAGUCACAAAUAGAAGCUAGCCUAAUGAGGCGAACGGAGAAACACGAUGGACUGUUCCUGCCGCCUCACAUAGUUGAAGGAAGACAUGUUUUUUGUGCCAUCGACAACGUAGACUUCCAGGAAGAUACCUAUCACUGGCACAACACAUUGCAUGGGACAUCAAUGGCGAAUUUUCAAAAGUGCCAUGCAGAUGACGAGAAGCCUCAAAUAAGGUGAGCAGCUUGGAAAAUCAAUCCCUAAUUCCUAUUCAUUAUACAUGUAUUUAUCAGUAAUCUGUGUUUUGAUUGUAAAUAGUUAGUUUACAUUUACACGUAAGGGAAAACUUUGUCGCCUACCAUAAAGAAUGUGCAUCUCAUUAUGCUGUAUCACGCCCUAUUCAUAAGUGCAUUAAGUACUUUGAUACAUAAUCGGUCUUAGAGCAAGUAACUUGCAUGCAUUAAUGUUCAACAUGUUUCCUUCCAACAACAGUUUGAAUCAUGAUGAAGCAAACCUAGUCAGAUCCAAGGACCUGCCAACAUCGCUAUCUACUUUAAUGGAAUGUCCCAAUCCUCCCAGCAAGCCGUCAAGUCCAACGCAUCCCAAUUUUGCCCUGUGCAACAGGAAGAGGAACCUCGCCACAGUAAAAUUCCUGUCUGGUCAGCUUACAACUCCCUCGUCGGCAAGGCUAUGCCAGUUACAAGAGUAG